CGUGUGUUGACUUGUCAGCUGUGGAAAAUAUUGAAAAGCAAUCAGUGUCAACGUUGGAAAAGCAGAAAAGGCCCGAAAGGGUUUAGUUUUGUGAUUUAUUAUUGUGUGAUCCUGUUUAAACUUGUUAGCUUCUUCAUUUUAUACAAUAGUCGCAGCAUAUUUUCCGUUAACAAAGCUAGUCAAUGGUCAGAAAAGCUAAUGGUGAAGUUCCGUAUCAUAGGGCCACCCUCAGAGGAAACUCUAACAUCGUUAUGUCCGAAUGUGCAUCUGAUGGAACAUCACUUGAAGAUGCAGAAAAGUUAUCGGAGCUACUCAGCGUCGAGCAGAUAUCGAGAUUAUCGAAUACAACUAGCUCAUUAUCACAGCCAGUAUGUGUAGUCUCAAACAACACAAAUGCAAAGCCCAGUAUCUCAAUACCAGUGAGUAUACUCAUCGAGUCUCUGGUGAAAAACAUCUGUUCCAUUUACGAGGCAGAUCCUAACAAAGCAUCACUCAUGUAUAAUCGCAUAUGUGAUAAAUUGUACAGUAUGAACUUAUUAAGCGAAAGCUAUUCUAUGACUGAAUUCGAGGGUAUACGCAGCCAGUACCAGAGAGCCCUAUUACAUCUUAUAUCUUCAACGAAGAAUGGUAGUAAAGAUAACAAUGUACCUGUCAAACCAAAGUGGCUGAAUUCAGAAGUGAAUUCGCAUUACAGAAGGGAGUUUGAUGAGGUGGAAUUCAUUGCAGGUGGAGGGUUUGGUCAGGUUUAUCGAGUAAAACACAAGCUAGAUGGGACAGAAUAUGCGAUCAAAAAGAUCCCCAUACGAUCCGAGGGGAUCCAGUCAGUGAGGACCUACUUAUCGGAAGUGAAGACAUUUGCAAGCAUGAACCAUCCAAACAUAGUCCAAUACAAAGGUGCCUGGCUGGAAAUCGGCGCUCCCUCUCACAGGGCAAUCACAGACAAGCCUGGCCACGAGGAUUUGCAUGAGGCUAAUAGUAACACCAAGUAUAUUUAUAAUGAGUUGCAGUCGUUCACGGAAGAGAGCUAUUAUUUCAACAAACACGAAGACACCAGCACCGAUUUCCAGAUUGACUUCGAGCACAGCAUCAGUGGUGCCAAUUCCAUAAAAUCACAACGUUCCAUCAACAAGCGCAAGAAACGUCACAGUCUCUCGGAGGGCGAAGGUGAUGCGUCGAUGUGUAAGCUGGACCUGAAGGAGAUCGAGAGGAUCAGGACCAACAACAAGUCUAAGGUCAGAUGGGCCACGUUGUACAUACAGAUGGCGCUGUGCCAGACUACGCUGAAACAAUGGUUGGAGAAGAGGAACGCGAUGGUUACUGACCCGGAUAAGGCGUUGGUGCAAGGAUUGAGGAGUGAUGCUGUCAGGCAGAUCCUGAUUCAGCUUUUGAGUGGUUUGGAAUAUAUUCAUUCAAAGGGCGUAGUACAUCACGAUAUUAAGCCUAGCAAUAUAUUUAUUCAAGUAGAAAAUAACGGUAUUGUCAUCCAGUUGGGAGAUUUUGGGCUGGCUUGUCCUUUGCAAAGUGUACGACACAGUUUAGCUUUUGGAACCAAAUUAUAUGCUGCACCUGAACAGCUUGCAGGCAAAUGUAAUCCUAAGAGUGAUAUGUAUUCCUUGGGUAUCGUGCUGUUCGAGCUAGUAGAGAACUUUCGUACGGACAUGGAACGAGUCGAAUACAUCACAGAACUGAGAAAAGGACAUAUUCCCUCCAAGCUGUUUGUCACCCAUCCAGACAUGGCCCAGAUGAUCCAAAGUCUGGUCCAGAAAAGUCCUGAGUUGAGACCGGACACGACAAGUCUUUUGCACGCGCUCAAAUCCACAGAGACGCAGGAGAUUGAACAGCUCAAAGUGCAGUUGGCCGAAAAGGAGGAGGAAAUUUCACAUCUAAAAGAAUUACUGACCAUGCACGGUAUCAAGGGAGUUUAAGAACAUCAUGGGAUGCCGUAAGACAGACAACACUUAAAUGAAUAUUUGGUUAAGGUUUAAAGAAAAUGUGAAAGAUAUGGCGUUUUCAAUUAAGGCAGUUAUAAAUCAUAUCUUAAUUUUGUAUUCUUAUACAGGCUUGAAAUCUUUUAGAAAAUCCAAGUACCUCAGUUGAUUCAACCUACUUUUCAUGUUGAUAGUAGAGUUUAAUUUAUGAAGUAGCAUGGAAGGGAGGGGGGUAUUCUCUUUCCAUAAAUUGCAGUUACCUUGAUUUUGUCUAUCAUCAUGUUACCGGAAAAUAGUAAAUUCGAUCUUGAUAUACAUAAUACACACGUGAAGCGGUAUUUCUCCAUUUCAAAGAGCAUUGUAGAAAACUGUCUUUGUCAAAAUAAUUUUUGACUUGUUCAAGUUUGUGAGACCCCUGGACUCACCGCGGGCGGUGCUUGCCGUCUGUUAGUCACUUGUCUCAAUUUUGGCCAAAAUAGAAGAUAAACUUGAAAUGACUUCUGGUAGCAAAAUUUUUAAUUUGUAAGACAUGUUUAUUUCACUAUCUGAUUCAAAAAAAAAGAAGUUGCAGCGUUCUAUUAACCCAAAACAGUGAGUGUAUGAAACCACAGCACUGCAGCACUUUAUGUGAUACUAACGUGAAGCGCUGCCGUGCCGGUUUUCUUUUAAAUAAUCUCAAUAAAAGCAAUGUUUAUAUACUCUUAUCUGCCUUAUUUGAAUUUUACUACAUAUGUCUAGCAAUAGUAGAAAGAUUUAUUCAACACAAACUGCUACAUAAACAAUUGGCAGUAAUACAUAAUAAAAACAAAUUCAAACCAUUAGUGCAUCGUCAUAUUUUGCAAUGUUAACAUAGAGUUUCUCAGUUUUGUUUUAAAUUUUUUGACGCUAUUUUGUCGUCUUAUAUUUGAAUCUAAUUUGUUGAAAUCUAGUAUGUUUUGAUGGAAAACCGAAACAUACUGCGUUUUUUGGUUUUUAAUUGAAAUCUUGCUUGUACCUGGUAUCAUAAAAAUGAUAAUCUGCAUUCACAGAAGUCAGUGCAGAAAUAUAGUAGAUGAUAGCAAUAAUAAAUUAUUUUUCAUUCAUGGUAGUCUCGGCUUUUGUAUUAGGUGCUUUUUCGUGUAUUAUGUCAUAAUUUAUAUCUUAAUUGUUAAGAGCAUUUUUUGGGUAACUGCAAGGUAUAGCUAAUAGUAGAUAGUAAUUCCGCGAUUCGAUUACAUUUUCAUACUUCUAAAUAAUAUAGUUUUUUAAACAGGAAUAAUAUCCACUUUUUACGGGUGACUUGAGAGAUGUUGGAUACGAGUAAAAUAUUCUCUUGAUUUCAUGUUACUUAAAUCUGAUAUUCCUUUCUCUAAGCCAGUAUGCGUAUUGACUGCCUUCAUUGAAAAAUCCGUUAAUAGAACACCAUGCCAUAUAGUUGUUGAAAUUUAUCAAAUACAUAAUAAAAACAACUUACCCAAUGUUUUACAUUUGUUUAAGAGCAGUGCUUAGUUAUUAUUAGAUCCUUUGUCUUUGUCACGUAUGACAUCACUGUUAAAAAUCAUAUAGUUAUAUUGAAGAAUAGCAGCGUAUUAGUUCAAUGAUAGAGUUAACGUGAAGUUAUGAAAAUAAUGAAUUGUGCUCAUUUCUGUUCCUUGUCACAAUUACAUUGACAGCUUACCUUAUAUCGUCAUUCAUCUCAUUUAAUGUCAAAAAAGCAUGAUUUUCUUUAGCUACUCAUAAACUGUGUUAACUAGCAACUGUCUUACAAAUAAUGCGAGAUCGAGAACAUCUAGUGAUUGACGAAUCUCAUUUGAGGUUAAAUAAGCUUUCUCACGUAAAAUCUGAUUAAAUAGCAACACAAUCGAUUUUAACAGAAGAGGCCAAGCUGAAGGGAUAUAUAUACAAUAGCGACUCGAUAAUCCGGAUCACUUAAAACCAGGUGCAAUCGGGACUAAUGAAAAAUCCGGAUUAGUGGGACUCAUAAGGAAAAUAAGUUCUUGAUAUUACAAUGAUGUUUAUUUCAUAAAUACUGAAACAUAAAUUAUCUACAUAGCUAAAAUAAGCAAAUAACAAAAUAAAAAAGUAAAAAAAAAAAUAGUUAUUAAAAAAAUCAGUUAUUUUUGUUUGCGUUUUAUGUUCAGAAUGCAAAUAAUAACAGCUUAUUCUCUUAAGUCUUUUAAGGCAAGGAUUGAGGUAUGUGCAAUAUUGUUGUCUUCUCCCCAUUUAAUCCCUGUUGUAAAGUGCGCAAUUGCCUCUCCAUGUUUAACUUUUGGAGCAGUAAAUUGGUGUUUCUACGUCACUUAGUGAAUUUUCAGAAUAGUCAUCUUGAAAUUCAUCUUGAAGAGUAUCUUUUUCAGUUUCUUCCACCCACUCCAAGAUUUCCACUUCUGUAAAUUGUUCAGAUGUUUUUUCUAGCAUUGUUGAAAUUUUCUCAAUAGUCUCCAUUUGCUGCUUUAUUUGUACGCGCUAUAAGCUUAAUGGUAUUAAAUGUUCCGGGUCAUUAAUCUAAGUUUUCAACUAACAACUUUUUCCAACACUGUUCUAAAGCAGUUAUUGACACUUUUAUCCAUGCAUUAUGUAAUAAGCAAACUGCGUCUUUUGGAUUGAAGUUUUCUAAAGAUUUACUAAGGUCAUUGUUUUCUUGCUCCAUAGUACAGAAAAUGUAAGCCACAGUUUUUUUGCUACCUGGACCAGAAAUGCAUUUCUUCAUAAAACUGAAAUAUUAAAUGCAUUAAAUAUAAAAACAUUUUUUUCAAAAUUGUUAAACUCUCACGCAUCUAUCUUGCCUCUGUUUUUCUUAAUAUCUGAUAUGGUGGAUUUUCCCACUCCAAACAUUGCAGCUAAUAUUUUACCACUAUCACCUCAUUUUAGUUUAUCUAAAAUUUCAGCCUUCUUUUGGAUCGACAAAGUUAUGUGUUUUCGUGUAGGAACCCUGGCGUUUGUUGUUAAAUGACUGACCCGUGGAAAUGUUCUGCUUUAUUUGCGUCCCGGUCGCGUCGUUCAUGGUGUGAUAUUUAACAAGAUUGAACUUGUUAAGAACUCAAUAUCUGAUCCGGACUAGCGAAACAUGACAAUCCGGAUUACAGAGUCGAGCAAUUCGAAUUAUCGAGUCGCUACUGUAUAUCGAAAAAUCUGAUUCAUACCAUGGAGCCGUGACUUUGUCCUUAUUGUUAUGCGAGAUUAACUUCUAUAGCAUUUAUAUGGAAAAAUAAAACUGUAAAACUAAAUAUAUGUUAUUUACAUGAAAAGUAAACCUACAUAUAUAAUUUCCUGGACAAAAUUAAUACAAUUUUUCGCUGUUAUAUCGAAUAGUUAUACAAAGCUGAAAGAAUUGUUAGUUAUGCUUCCUACAAUAACUAAAAUCCUUAUGAUUUUGCAAAACAUUCUUAUACAUCCCACUAUCAGUACAGCAUAUUUGCAAGCUUCACCGACUUCUACCACUUUUGUGAGAGCUGGAAAUAUGCUUAUAGCCAAAUUGAUUGGCUGGUCGUUUUCAACAUUAUUUGAUUUCUUGCCAAUCAGGCUAUUUGGAUCUUGUCAUUUGUGGUGUGUAUGCUCAGUGAAACAUGAAGUCCUGAAUUCGCUAAUAUCAAUUUGUAAUCUGCACUUUUUCAAAACAAAUGACGCACAUGUGUCGAGGAAAUCUCUGCAAGUCAGGGGCGCGGUUGUAAAGAUACGACUGACGAUGAUUAUUGGUCCAAUGAGAUUCGAAAAAAAAUGAAUCUAAGCGUUUCCUUUCUCUUUUUUAACUAAACAGAAUCGUUUAAUAUUCCGUGUUGGGCUCGAAAAGGUAAAUAGCUAUACGAUGACAUACAGGUUUUCAGAAUAACUUGAGAAUUCAUUUCAAAAUUGUUUGCACCAAAGUUAGUGGCAGAAGUCGCAGAGUGGAGAGAUUUUCCUGUGGUCAUUGCUCGUCACCAUGUCGUUAGCGGUAGAUCUCUCCAAAAGAUACUAACCGACUCGCUUGAAAAAAACCCUUGGGCUAAUUGUCUUGGUCUUUUACAUCUUCAACCUGUUCCUGGGCUAAGUCUGCCAAUAUUCACCCCUGGUUUCCGUGCUAUAGCUGUAAUGUGAGUUACACUUUCUCCUGUACCAAACACAUGUUUUUUGCUAAUUUCGUCCAUUUCUAACUUUUUGUCUUUAGUUCCUAUUAAAAUUGUUUUUCGACUCAAAUUGCAUAGAGGAGCCAUCAGAAUCGUCAAAUUCAGCGGAUAUCAGAUUUAUAGUUUCUGCUUUUUGCACCUGUGUUCACGCUGGUUUAAUCAAAGUUGCUUUCCCUACUUCACCUUUUUUCUGUUAUCCAUGUUUUCGGUAACUUCUGUAAGGAGCAUCAGUUGAUUUCCCGUGGCUGUAAUAAUUACUAUCUCAUUUAGUGCCUCUAUAUUGGUUGCCACUAUGCCGUCAAUUAUUUCCAGAAAUUGAUCACUUUUUAGAAAUUUAAUCACUGGGUGUGGUUCAGGUUCAUCACUGUAAUGCGUUUUCCUUGUAUCCGUCAUUGUUUCAAUUUCCACACCACAACAACACGGAAUUUUCACGGACAGCGGUAUGAGGGCAGACAAUAUCUUCCAUACUGUGAGUGUCUAUAGAGGUAUUCCUAUUUAUAUGAAUCAUUAUUAGUUUCAGAUGCCUAUGGAUUCAAUAUAUAUGAUAUAACCAUAUAAUCGUCUUUUUAAAAUUGUUAAUACAUUAAAUUUCGUCAAAAAUUGAAAGAGGAUAUGAACAAUAUUAUACCUAUAUCAAUAAUUUACGGUCACAGGAAGGGGUUAUUGUAAUGAAUUAUUCGGUAAACUAUUUCUCAAAUGUUCCAUUGUUCGACUAACUGCGAAGUCAGAAACUUGUCAGGCUACAGCACUCAGUUUUUAGUAAUUAAGCUUGUUUUGUUAUUUAAGUAAAUCUGGAAUCUACUGAAAUUCAUCCAUUGAAAAAAGUUUAUAUAUACUUUUGUUGGUGUUAAAUAGAAAAUUGGUCAAAGAGAAGGAAAUAGCAAUUCCUUUGGAACUGAAUAUAACCUUUGAUUAACGUCUAUCUGAAGAUACACAACCUAAUGCUAUAUCCCCGCGUCCAAAAAAUUAUCGGAGAUAAAAUCAGAUACCGUAGCAUCAGCCCAAAUGUACCUAUCUUGCACCAUAGGCUAUCUAAACAAAUAUCUAAGUUCAUAUUAAUAUUAUGUGCAUAGUAGCAAUGAUAAACGACUUAUCUACUUUUACAACGAAUUUUUUUUUAAAACCUGUUGUAGUUCUGUUUGCGUAUCAUUAUUGCAGUGACAUUACUUGCAACAUCACCAUACCGUCUUAUCUCUUGCCCCCAAAGGUAUGAGUUGUACUUUCUGCCAUUACAAAGGUGUAUAACGUCAUUUAUUCUUUAAGAUACGUGGUACGAUGUCGAAGUGGCACGUACAGCGAUUCAUCGUAUGAGAGAAGUUAUUUCCUUACAACAAUUACGGAUUGUUCAGAAAAUAAGAUAGCUAGGAAUGCAGAACAAACUAUUUUUCCUACAUUCGCAUUGCUUUUAGUUAGUUUUGGCAUUCUUUCUUCAAUUGGAAAAAUACACUCAUACUCCAUAAUGUUAAGAUUUUGGAGGUGAUUGUAGGCUGUUACCGAUGUUACUGCCUUAAUAAUAGUCUACAGAAAAAAAACCAUUGUUCUGCACUUCUGUUUUUUUCUGAAUAUCCUAUUUCAUCACGCGUAUAUUUUUGCUCAUGUUUGUUUUAAUUCAUAAUUUAUUUUAUUAUUGAUGUUUGGGUUUGGAAAUUACACAUGUAAGUUUAAAAAUUCUAUGUCUCUAACAGCCUCUAUCUUAUUGUCAGUUCGAGACAUUUUGAGCAUGGAAAAUGUAGUUUUUGCAUUUUUUGUCUUGUGAUUAUAUUUAAGGAAGCAGAAGUGAUAUUUUCUAUGAAAACUGUAUUGAUGGAU